AAGGCCAAACAAUAGUGUGUAUUCGUGAAAUGCGAACUGCGUGGGUGCACAACUAUAAAUAUAAACAACACGUGGAGUUAUGACGAACGCGCUGAGCGUGGCAACUGGGCACCACGAAACGCAAUUGUCACAUAUUACGAGUAAUAUCGCGUCAAAGCUAUCUCUCUCGAGUCAAAUAACGCGCCGUAGAGACGCUUAGAUCAUCCACAUCAUGAAUAAUACCAGCCAACGAGAACAAAGAACUCAGGUUGACGAACUAGGAAAUUAAAUAAACGACAAUGGAUUUUAAUACAACAACGAAUAAUGAUUAUCAUUGGCCAUUUCCAAAACCAAUUGUGGGAAAACCAUGCCAGCCACCAGUACCAGAUGCGGCACAAACCAUUCGGCCAGCUCCAGUCGCCCCGUACUGCCACUGUGACGCGCAUUCCUAUUCACCCCGGGUUGAGCAAUACAAACAGCUGCUAGAUAAAGAACAGAAGCUGUGUCAAGAUUAUGAACAGCUGAGGAAACAGAUGGUAGACGUAACUAAUGACAUACUGGAUCAUCCGUGUGACGAUCUCGAUAGCAAGAUGAUAACUAUGUAUCAAGCCACGUAUAAAAAGAGAUCAUUCCCAGUAAUGGAUUAUCGUAAAAUAAUGGCGGCUGCGCAAUCAAAUGCUCCAAUACCGGUAGAGAGUCAUAAACUAGGUCUAUUACGUUGCUACAAGGAUCCUACUCACUUCUCGGACCAGCCACCGACAGUUCGUCCCACCAUCAAUCCUCCAGGAGUCGUUCAUACUGGCGUGUCCCCUAAGUCUGUCCAGCGAUGGUUCACAGAGUUCCCCGGCAGGACGGAAUACAUGGAUACCUAUAGCUCGGCAGCGAAGGCUUGUUGGAGAUCUAUGCAGCGGUUCAAGGAGCCGAUGCCUUCGACUAGGAGAAGGGCAGAUGAUAGGUGCGUCUAGAUCUAGGAUUUUUCCACCUAUAGAUCUAAGCCUGUUUUGUUCAGUUUAACAAUGUGACUGUGGAAUUUCAAUAAAUUAAGGGAAGAUAAACUG